UCCAGUUAGAAUAUUUUCUAGUACAACUUAGCAAGCAAGGGAGUGUAGCCACUGGCGCCACUACAUCUAUAUCUGUAUAGAGCAUUAAAAUCUCGUAACACUACUUCCCUCUGCUCUCUUCAACUCAAACUCUUAUAAAUCAUUCUUGUUUUGCUUUGUUCAUCAUCUUCUUUUUCAUCCUUUUUAGUUUUCUUUAAUAGUAUGGAUAUGGUAAAGGGAUUCAGGUUCCACCCAACUGAUCAAGAACUCAUCGAGUAUCUGCAGAUCAAAACCUUCGACCGUGAUUCUGUUGUCCAAGUUAUUGAUGAAGUCCAAGACAUCUGCGAGUCGGAGCCUUGGGAAUUAGCCGGGCGUUCGGCUUUGCAGACUGGGGACAGAUUGUGGUACUUCAUGUACCCACCAAAAUACAAGUACCGCAAUAGUAAAAGAAUCAGCAGGACCACCCUGGAAGGGUAUUGGAAACCUACUGGUAAUGCUCGUAAAAUAAUUAAUUAUGAUAAUGGCGAGGAGAUUGGCAGCAAGAAGACUUUGGUUUUCUAUAAAGGCCAAUGUAAUGAUAAAAACAAAAACAAGACUUGCUGGGUCAUGCAUGAGUACGAACUCAAGGCUGAUCCUAAGGCCUCUGAUUCUGACCAAAGAACUUUCAAUCUUUGUAAACUGAAGAAAAAGGCUGAUAUUUCCAGCACUGAAGCUGGUCAAUCAAGUCAGCCUUCUCUUUCUAAUUUAGAAAAUCAUGUAGCAAACAAUGCAAUGUCACAGGAGUUGCUAGACCCUAAAGGGUCAAGUGAGCCAGAGGCAUCUAAUGGCAGUGACAUUGUUCAUAAUAAAUCCAGCAGCAUUGAGACAUUUGCUGGAGAAAGAAGCAAUCAACAUAAUAUAUCUAAUUACAUGCAUCACGUUGCAGAGGAUGCAAUUCCAAAAGAACCGUUACACGUCAUAGAGGUGUCAACAGAAAAGAAUGGACCCGAAGACAGUAAUAGGGUUCAAAAACCGUAUAGCACCAUUGAACAAGACAAUGAGUCCUGCAAUUCAAUUCUCACUAAUGAUGGUGAAACUGUCCCCAUAGAAAGAAGCAAUCAACAUAAUAUAGUUGUUGCAGUUGAAAGCUUCGAAAUGCCUACUAACUUUGAGUUUCUUGCUGAUGAGGAUUUAAUUCCAACGGACCUGUUUUACAAUUAUGGGAUAUCACUUGAUGAGUUAUUAGCAGAGCCAAAGGCAACUAAUAACUCUAAUUGGAUUCAAAACCAUUCUAUUACCAACAUAGAAGAUGAGUUCCUGGAUUCAAUUUUUGCUGAUAAUAAUGAAGCCUACCUUCAAGAAGAAGACAGACGGCAGUGUUUGGCUGCUGAAAAUGGAGCCUUAGGCUUGCCCUGCAUAGGCGUAAUGGAAUCAUCUGAUUCAAUGGGGAAAUCUAGAAAAAGACCACGUCUUGAAUACGAUGGAUUAAACCAUCAUGUAGAAACUGGAGAGGCCUAACCUUGGGGAAAAGAAUACCUCUCUAUUAGCAAACCUGUACUCCCCUCGGAUUGGAGGGAGCGUUACGUACCCGUAAUAAGAAAUAUUAUCAGAAUGAUGCCAUCCCAUAGUAAAGCUUAUGUAAACCGAGAAAUAUUAUCAGAAAUGAUAAUCAUGUAAGAUGUUCAUUUAGAAUAGCUUGAAUUCAAACUAUGUUGCUGCUGUCUGUUAUUUUGCAUUUUGAGAUGAUUCUGCAUGUUUUUUUGUUGGUAAUGGAACAUUGCAUCUCGGGUAAGAAUGUUGCUCGCCCUGCACAAAAAUUGUAUUCAGAGCUAGGGAGAUGGCAUAAUAGUUUUCAUUUUGAUU